GCAAAAACGUCAUAUGCAUGCGUGCCGGACAAGCUCACGGCUAUGCGAGCACUGUGGCUAAAGCCCGGCUUGCCUACAGAGAGAAUGGCGAUGCUUGCCAGGCCUGUCCGGGUUCCCGCAGAGCAGAGAGUUGGGAGUGAUUUAGCUGUGGCCUGUGCGCCCAACUUUUUUGCCCGCCGCGGCCAGAGCCCUCUCACCUCCGCAACUCAAUCAUGGCGGGCACACUUACCGGUCACACCAAGCCUACCAAGGUCAAGAAGCUGCAGCGCUCCCAGAAGCGCAAGCGCAGCGAUGUCGACGUCGAAAAACUCGCCCAGGCUGUCGCCGACCUCGACAUCAAAGCCGGCGAGUUCAAGAGCUUCACCGACCUGCCCCUGUCCGAUCCUACCAAGGCCGGUCUCAAGUCCAGCCACUUCGCCGCCAUGACCGACAUCCAGGCCAAGGCCAUCCCGCUGGCCCUCAAGGGCGCCGACAUCCUGGGCGCCGCCAAAACCGGUAGCGGAAAGACGCUGGCCUUUAUUAUCCCUGUCCUGGAGAACCUGUACCGGUCGCAGUGCAUUGGCGGGGACGCUGGACUCGGCGCCAUGAUCAUCUCUCCCACGCGCGAGCUGGCCAUCCAGAUCUUCGACGUCUUGUACAACAUCGGCAAGAAGGGGCAUUUGUUCGCGGCUGGUCUGAUCAUUGGCGGAAAGGGCCUUCAAGAGGAAAGGGAUGCGCUUGUCCGCAUGAACAUUGUCGUCUGCACGCCCGGCCGCAUAUUGCAGCACCUGUCGCAAACGGUCGGCUUCAACUGCGACAACUUGCAGAUGCUUGUGCUGGACGAGGCGGACCGCAUUCUGGACAUGGGCUUCCAAAGGGACGUCGACGCUAUCCUUGACUACCUGCCGCAGCAGAGGCAGACGCUGCUCUUCUCGGCUACGCAGACCAAGAAGGUGUCGGACCUUGCUAGACUGAGCCUCAAGGAUCCGGAAUACGUUUCCGUUCAUGAAGCCGCUACAACUGCGACUCCGAAAACGCUGCAGCAGAACUAUGUGGUCACGCCCCUGUCCGAGAAACUGGAUACGCUAUGGAGUUUCAUACAAGCCAGCAAGAAAUCCAAGAUUAUGGUUUUCCUGUCUUCCGGCAAACAGGUCCGCUUCGUUUACGAGAGCUUCCGUCACAUGCAACCCGGUAUUCCUCUACUGCAUCUCCACGGCCGUCAAAAGCAGACUGCCCGCUUGGACAUCACACAGAAGUUCUCUGCCGCUAAGACGUCGUGUCUUUUCGCGACGGACGUGGUAGCUCGUGGACUGGACUUCCCGGCCGUGGACUGGGUUGUGCAGGUUGAUUGCCCUGAAGAUGCUGAUACUUAUAUUCACCGCGUGGGCAGAACGGCACGAUAUGAGAGGGACGGACGUGCGGUACUCUUCCUGGACCCUAGCGAAGAGGAGGGCAUGCUGAAGCGAUUGGAGGCGAAGAAGGUUCCCAUCGAACGCAUCAACGUGCGGACAAAGAAGCAACAGAGUAUCAAGAACCAGCUGCAGAACAUGUGCUUCAAGGACCCGCAACUCAAGUACCUGGGUCAGAAGGCAUUUGUUUCCUACGUCCGAUCGAUUCACGUGCAGAAGGACAAGGAAAUCUUCAAGCUCAACGACCUACCGCUCGAGGAGUUUGCGGCAAGCCUGGGCCUGCCGGGUGCGCCGCGCAUCAAGUUCAUGAAGGGAGACAAUGCCAAGGAGCUCAAGAACGCGCCGCGCCACGUCAUGUCGUCGUCGGAAGACGAGGACUCGGAGGCGGAAGGCAAGAAGGCCAAGAAGAAGGACGCCGUCCGCACCAAGUACGACCGCAUGGUCGAGCGCAAGAACCAGGAUGUCCUCGCCGACCACUACAGCAAGCUCAUCCAGGACGAAGAGGAGGACGGCGACGACAAUGCCGCCGGCGCCCAGGGCUCAGCCGACGACGACGACGACUUCAUGACCGUCAAGCGGCACAUCCCCGCCGAAGGAGAAGAAGAAGGCGAGGCCGCGCCCGCUCGCACGGCGCCCAGCGAAACGCAAGCCGCGGCCUCGGAAGGCAAGAAGGUGGUGGAGCUGCCGGGCGCCAAGGAGGCCCUCAUCGUGGACAGCAAGCGGCGCGAGAAGCUGCUCAAGAGCAAGAAGAAGCUGCUCAAGUUCAUGGACAAGGGGCAGAAGCUGGUCUUUGAUGACGACGGCAACGCGCACGAAAUCUACGAGCUCGAGGACGAGGCGGCCUUCCGCCAGCGUGGCUCCGCCGCCGAGCAGCGCCAGAAAUUCGUCGACGAGGAGCGCGCGCGCGUCGAGCAGGCCGAUGUCGAGGACCGCGAGCUGGCAAGGGAGAAGCGCCGCGAGAAGAAGAUCAAGAGGAAGGAGCGCGCCAAGGCGGAGAAGGAGGCGGACGAGAGCGGCAGCGACGACGACGACGACGACGCCGAGGGUGGCGCAGAAGGCGGCGUCGCGCUCGGUGGCGUCGACCAAGACGCGUUCAACGACUUCAAGACCUUCUUGGCGGACGCGGCGGCGGGUAGUGGAGGGGAAGAGCAAGAGGAAGAGGAAGAGGAGGAAGAAGCAAAGCAGCCGAAGAAGAAGAGGGCCAAGAAGUGGUUCGAGGACGAGUCGUCGGGAGAUGAGGACACUGGGGACAGGAAGAAGAAGAAGAGGAAGGCUAGGGCUGCUGCUGCGGCGGCGGCGGCGGCGGAGCCCGAGACGCUGGAGGACUUGGAGGCGCUGGCUGCGGGCGUGUUGGGCGGCGCUUGAGCUUGGGCGUGAGCUUGAGCUUGAGUUUGGGCUUGAGGAGGGUCCUGUGGUCUGUGGGCUGUGAGGUCUGAUGGUGGUGCAGCUAAUCAGUCAGUCAGUCAGUCAGUCCGUCAGUCCGUCAGCCAGUCAG